GUUCGUUCAUCCAGUUUUCUCCAGAGUCAAACAUUUGCGACCAUCAAAUUCUCCACGUCUGGUUCGAGUACAGGAGACUAUGGCGUACACAGUCGGGGGCUGAUUCACUUACAAUUUACUGUGUUCGAAUCGGACAAGACUCAACCUCAAAUCGUUAACUUUGACUGUCACUAGUACUGACACGAUGUCCGUAACUCUACCACUUCCUACUUCUCCCUCCGAGACGUCCUUCACCUAUAAUGCCAUGUUAGGUACUGCGAUUUCCGAUGAUCUCAUCAAAUCGCGUGCGCAACUUUUUAGUACGAACUACGGAAUAUGGGGCGAAAAGGCGAUCAGUAUCUCGAAGUACACCAAGCCUGGUCAAUCAGUCAAGAUGACUGGUAGCAAGUUGCGAAGUCAAUGUGUAUCUAUUCCAGACCACACUGUCCUUGUGACGUGUUUUCAGCAUGAGAAACUCGUCGGUCAUGCCUUCGCUAGUGUCUGGUCUUUUGAAGGAGGUGUGGUCGGAUGGAUCACUCAGCUCGUCGUUGACAUGAGUGUCCGUAAACGAUACAUUGCAACCCAGCUGCUGCAAACCCUUAAGGUCCACCCAUUGUUUCAAGGAGUCACGGCAGUUGGCCUUGUUUCGUCUCAUCCUGCUGCGUGCAGCGCUUUGGCAAAGUAUUCCGACGUUGGCGUGUAUGCAGUCGACUUGUCUUUCAUUCGUGAAAAUGCGGCGAGGAUUCUGGAGGCCUCCGCCGUCGACUAUCUCAAGAGCGUACAACUUCGUGGUGACCUCUUCCAGGAGAACGCAGGCACUGAUGCUGUCUCAUCUAUGUUCACAGAGUUUUAUGUUGAUCAUGCGGAACCGUCGAAGGUGUUGGAAAAAUUUAAGGUGAGGGGUAAAUGGUGCUUGGGUGAACUUCUCGAAGGACAUGAAUAUCUUGCUCUCUUUCCUGUGUCGCCUUUGGGCGAUUGAUCUUAACGGCCUGAAAACUACGCAAAGUGAAACAACUGGGUCUAUGAGGGAAGGAAUAAGGGAAAUGUAUAGUACAAACCGUAGAGUGGUCGGGGGUUGGGGAAUCUGCAGUCCAGAAUCUGUAAAUAAUAUGGCGUCCGUGAUAUACCGGAAUAGACAUACUGACACUUGUCAC